AUGAAAAUUCCGUGAAAAUUCUGAAAAUUUUGAGAUUUGGGGUGUUUUUUGUUUUUCCAUCAAUCGUAGAACGUAAAAUUUGAGAUCUUUCAGCGUUUUUUCACUCGUUGAAUGGGCUGGAAUACUUGUAUUAUGUGAUGUUGAUUUCUUAUUAAUAAUCAUGAAACUCUUGACUCAUAAUAUGUUAACAUCUCGUUGUUUGAAAGGAGUCGUCACCGGCUAUCCUUUAGGAUUAGUGGCAAAAGAGAUUAAAGUUCAGCCCUCGGAUUUCAAUAAAGACUUUAUCGUGAGGGUCAUACCCAAGUUAGAUUGGAAUGUGUUCUGGACAACUGCUAAACAGAUCGGAUACGAAGGUAAUUUAACCGAGCAAUUGAUAGAAAAUUUUGAAAGCAAUGAAGAUUUUUUGCGAGAUGUACACCAUGCGCUUGUUGAAGUUGAUAUAUACGAAGGUUCAUUAAUAUGUCCUGAAACUAAUAGAAAAUUUCAAAUCAACGAAGGCAUUCCAAAUAUGUUGGUAAAAGAAGACGAAGUGUGAGUCUGUUUUCAGUACAGAUUCUUAUCCUCCGAUUGAAAGUGAAUCUUCAUUGAAACUCUUUGUUAUGUUACAUCGUAUUUUCAUAGUGCUAUAUGUAUAGAAAGAACAAUUGCUUCUGUAAAUCGUUUAUUAUGAAAAGUUUGACUGUUUUAACUAAAAAUGUUACACAAUGAUCGACUUCAUAGAGGGAAAACAUUUCUAAAUAGAAAAAAAGUGCUUUAUACUGCUGUAAAACUAAAUGAAACGAUAAAUUAAUUUCGACAUGAUCUAAUAGUUUUGUAAAAUAGUUCGUGAAUUAUGUAAUUGUGUUUCGCUAAUACCAUCUGAAUAGAAAUUCUAAACUUAA